AUGGUCUGCUACAGAGCUGGCUUGAGACUGGGGGAUCAGAAGGAGAGUGAAGAUUGCCAGCCUGUUUCCAUGGUCAGCGUGGCUGGGACUAUCGCCACAGCUGAGAGUGGGAAUCAGCGUGAGCCGGGGCAUCAUUCAAACCUCCUGCAAAGGCACAAACGCCAGAAGAGAAAACUGAAGAUGGGACAUUUCGAAAUGGUCACCACGCUGCUGGCAGCCGUGACUCUAGUGGACAUCUUCCAGGUGAAGGCAGAAGUGUUAGACAUGGCGGAGAAUUCGUUUGACGAUGAAUACCUGAAGUGCAGCAGCAGGAUGGAGGCGAAGUACAUUCCACAGCUGUUCAGGGAUGAAAAGGCGAACUCUGACCUCCUGGAGACUGUGUGGGACAAUGCAGAGAUCUUGUGGGAAGCUCGGAAGGCUAAGAUCUCUCCCCCAAUGAACUUCAAGGAUCCCUAUGGAAUAACCCUGAUGGCGUUUGUAACCGAGGCUCGAGAGCAGACUCCCUUUUACCACGAGUUCAACAGAGCUGUGAAGAUGGCCGGCCAGUCCCGAAAAGAAUACAUCUAUAACUUUCCAUUCAAAGCUUUUCAUUUUUACCUGGUGAGAGCCCUGCAGCUGCUGAGAAGACCUUGUGAGGAGAGUUAUAAGGACGUGGUGUACCUCACAAGUCAAGACAUUUCCUUCACAUUCGGAGGGCCAAACCAAGCCAGGCUGGGCAACUUCACACUGGCAUAUCCAGCCAAACCCCCCACAGCUAACAACCAACCAGUGCUAGCCAUCCACACCUGCUUUGGGGUUGCCGUGGAAAGGUUUUUGGACAAAACAAGUGAGAGAGUUGUUUUAAUACCUCUGAGUGAGGUUUUUCAAGUGUCCCGGGAAGGAACCAGCAAUGACCUUAUUCUUGAGAGCAUAAACAAGACCUGCAGCUACUACAAGUGUGCAUUCCUCGGGGGUCUAAAAACUGAAAAUUGCAUUGCAAACCCAGAAUAUAUGGAACCUGUGUAUGUCUACAACCCUGAUCUGGAAAGUCAGAAGCUUGAAGACUCUGGUAGGAAAAGCUUCGAAUCCACUGGAAUACCAGGAAAGAAAACUUCAGGACCUUUUCUACUUCCUGAAAUUAAAGUGCUACAACCAGAUGAAAACCUUCUCCGGCCAGAUGAAAAGCCUGAAGGCAAAAGUCAAAGAAAUGCGGACAAUCCUACUCCAGGUCCACGUCCAGUUCCACGUCCCAAGACCCAUCCUUCUGCAUCCUCUGGCAGAAGGCUCCUCCCGCCAGUCACAGCAUCCAUCGUUUUAGUCGUGGCUUCUGCUGUAAACAUCCUCACUGCUCUAUAGCUUGAGACGAUAUCUUAACCUUUAUUUGAAAGGCGCUAAGGGGAUCCCACAGGAGGUCACGAGAAGAGAUGUGACAGACAGACUCACUGCAUAAAAUAGGAACUGUGUAUCUCUUCCCUGUUUUACAGUUUAAAAAGCUGGUCCAAAUAGUGUCAUAGAAUUAACUUUUCAUCUCUGAUUAAUUUUAGGAUUGAAAAAAUCCCAAAGCUGUAUACUUUUGAUUGGACUCAAUAAAACUUUUAAGUUUAUUAAAUGUCUUCCUACAGAAUUUCCAACUAUUAAAUUACUCAUGUGAUUAACAUGAAUUUAAUGCCAGAAACAAAAUGCAAAUGAUGCUUGUUUCUUUCUGAAGAAUCAAACUUCAAAUAAAUAGGCAGACAGGGAAAGUGAGUGAGCUCCUAAGACAGCGGGCAGCCUCGUGUUCCCAGGGACAAAGCCCUCGAGAACAGCAGGCAGGAAGCAGCCCCUUGGGGACCCUGUAAGACUUCCCACAGGGAGCUGUUACCUUCUGUCUCCCCUUCUCAGCAAACCCCGCUUCUCCUGGCAGUGUGCACACGUGCUCCAGCAGAGGUGGGACGAGUGAGAGCCUUGACUAGCUACCCACUGCUGAGCCUGAACUCAGCAGUCAUCGUUUAGGUCUACGAAGGGUACACAGAGCAGCAGACCCUCCUUUCUGCACUUGGCUCCAAAGACGGGAAUGGACCUACCCUCUGAGCCAAAGUGAGAACGAGUUCAUGCAGAGAAAACCCUCUCCCCAAACCACUGCCAUUGCAACAAGCAUGAAAUUAAGAUCAAAACCCCAGGGGAGAGCGGUGUUACGUAAGCAUGCCAUGCUCAGCGGCAGCGACUGCUAGCAGCCAACUUGGAAAGAAGUUUUGAAGCGUCUGGUCUUUACGGUGUAACCGCCUCUGCGUCAGUAGGAUUCUAGACCCAGCACUUUCCCUACCCUCCACGUUGGUACAACAGCAAGAUUCACGGUGUUCUCUCAUAAUGUCCCCCAGUAUAAGCCAAAGCACCACACAGAAGCGUAACGUCGUUACAGCAUUUGGGAAGGUGUCAACAGCGGCAGCCCAGGUGAGUCCUGCAGUCAGAAGUCGUAUUUAAAAGCGGUGUUCUGUGGAAGAAUUACAUUGUCUACUCAGCCACUGUUUCAGA